AUGGUAGCUGCUGGCCCUUCCUCUGCCGGCAGCAGCGGCAGCCAACAGCAGCAGGAGCCGAUGAGUGUAAGCAAUAACAAUCACCACCACCGCAACAGCAACAGCAGCAGCAAUAGUAACAAUAAUCCGCACAUCAACAACGACGAACCGGAUGGUCGAAUAGGAGAAUGGAAUCCGGUCGUCGUGGCGGCGGGUGGCGCAGGAUCGGCUAACAAUAAUGCGGCGAACAACAACGGUAACAACAACGCGGAGGAGUUCGACCGGUUUAGCUUCGAGGACUCGGAUCGCUUCGAGGAAGACUCGCUGUGCAGCUGGAGUUCCGAGCCGGAAAGUGUGUGCAACAACUGGCGCGGGUGGAAGAAGCCGACCGGCACGUCGAACACGUUCGGGUUCAACACCAUGCGCCGCUCGAGCGAUGGGGAGCUGUCCUCACUGACGGAGCUGGCCGCCCGGUGCGUCGCCACGUACAUUCCGUUCGAGCUGGUCGAGGAACUGUACCCGCCGGUUCCGGAGCAGAUGCAGCUGCGGAUCGCUUUCUGGAGCUUCCCGGACAACGAGGAAGACAUUCGGUUGUACUCGUGCCUCGCGAACAGCUCGGCGGAUGAGUUUCACCGCGGCGAGCAGCUGUUCAAGAACCGAGCCGUCAAGGAGCCGCUACAGAUCGGCUUCCACCUGUCGGCGACGGUCGUGCAGACGCAGCCGCGUAACCAGCACAACGUGGCGGUUACGUUCGAUCGGCGACGAAUAUCGUCCUGCAGUUGCACCUGUCUCCCGACCGCCUACUGGUGUUCGCACGUCGUUGCCGUGUGUCUCUAUCGGAUCCAUUGCCCCACCAAAGUAAGCCUACGUGCGCCGGUAUCGGAGUCACUGUUGCGGCUGCAGCGCGAUCAGCUGCAAAAGUUUGCCCAGUAUUUGAUCAGCGAGCUCUCGCAGCAGAUCCUCCCCAUCGCCCAGCGCAUCCUGGACGAGCUGCUGAGCACGCAGCCGACCACGAUCAACACGGUGUGCGGUGCACCCGAUCCGACCGCCGGUGCGUCGGUGAACGACCAAACGAACUGGUAUCUGGACGAGAAGACGCUGCACGAUAACAUUAAGAAGAUACUGAUCAAAUUCUGCCUCCCGACGCCGAUGGUGUUCAGUGAUGUGAACUACCUGACCAACUCGGCGCCACCCGCCGCGGCCGAAUGGAGCUCGCUGUUGCGCCCGUUGCGAGGCCGCGAACCGGAGGGUAUGUGGAAUCUGCUGUCGAUCGUGCGCGAAAUGUACCGGCGGUGCGAUCGGAAUGCGAUUCGGCUGCUGGAGAUCAUCACCGAGGAGGUGAUGGCCUGCGAUCAGAUACUGGUGUGGUGGUUCAACAUCAAACUGGCCCUCCUCGUUGGCUCCAACGGUCACGGGGGUGGCGGCGGAGGAGGAGGAGGCGGUGGUGGUGGUGGGGGCAAGCAUGGUAACACGCACAGCAACUCGAACGCGACCCAGCACGCCUGUGCGUCGCUGUGCGACGAGAUCGUGGUGCUGUGGCGGUUGGCCGCCCUCAACCCGGGCCUGGCGCCGGACGAGCGGGACAUGCUGCACGCACAGUUCACCAGCUGGCACCUGAAGAUCAUCGACCGGGUCACGAAGAACAUGGUGGCAUCGUCGUCGCACAGCAGCAAGCAGCAACAGAAUAUGCGCAACGACACGGAACUGUUUGCCGGGUUCAAGCCGGCCAUCGAGGCGUGCUACCUUGACUGGGAAGACUAUCCGAUCGAGGGGGUAACGCACACGCAGGACACCAACCCGAUGUACCACUGUCCGUUUACGUGCUUCAAGCAGAACAUUGAAUCGAAGUCCGAAACGGCCGGCCCGGGCCAGGUGAACGCUAGUCAGGCCGUGCUGCACAGCAACGUGAAGGCGUUCCAGCUGAUGCCCCAUCACCACCAUCACCAUCACCACAGUUUCCACGGUCACUAUCACCAUCAACAGCAGCAGCAGCAGCAGCAACAACAACAUCAACACGGUUUGCUGCGCGCAACGGGGGCCAGUAGCCAUCAAUAUUCGGUUGCGGCAAUCAACAGCUCCUCCUUGGUGGGGCGCAACGGGGCUGGUGCCUGUGCGGACGGUGGUACAAGCGUUGCUGGUAGCAACGACAACAGUCACCAUCACACAGCGGCUUACCAACCCUUGUCAGUAGCCGGAACGAGUAGUUUUAGCGAAAAGUCUACCAACUCGGCUGAGAUGAUUGGAGCACUGGCAAAGCUGGGCGUCUCGGUCUCGAAGCCAGCUGCUACUGGAGGUGACCGUGGAGGCGCGGCUUCGGGUGCCGGGAGCGGCGGAGAUCGUGACGUUUGCACCAAAAACCAACAUCGGCGUACUCACCGCGACCGAGCGUAUGGAUCGUUCAGCAAGAGCACCAACAGUAGCAGCGACAGUGUCCCGGAUCGUCUGGUACACCAGCAGCAGGUAGCAGCGGUCGGUGGAACCAGCGCUGGUGAACGAAGCGAAUCGAUGAGUACAGCUUCUGUUGCUUCCGCUGGUGGCACUGGUGCUUCGGAGAGUAAAACUGCCGACGCGACGGGUUGCGGCACCGGUAACCGAUCGAGCGUCAGCAGCGAAGGGUUCUGCGAGAACGAAGACGAUCUGCCGGGUCCGGUCGGCUUACCGACUGCUGAACUCAUCAAAAAGCCUCCCGACGGUGGUGCUGUCGAGGAGGCAGCGUCGACGGCAGCACCCGGAGAAGGCACUGGACCGCCACCGCCUCCUCCUACCAACUUGCUGCUGAGUGUGAGCAACUCGUCGACCAGCUCGGCAUCCUCUUCGUCGUCCAGCUCGGCGACCGGCGGCGAUGCGCUGAAGAAGAAAAAGUCCUCCGGUGGUGAGGUGGCGUCGUCCCGUUCGAGUGACUCGAGCAACGAAAACAGCAUCCUGAACGAUAUGAACAAUUACGAAAUUUCCGGCAACAUCAAGCUGUACGAGGUGCUCAACGUCGUCGAACCGGAACAGUCCGGGGAGGAGAUCGUGGAGCCGGUGGUAGCGGUCAGCAGCGGUAGUGCCGCCGGCGUUAAGCGUCGUAACAGUGCCAAACAACAGCCAGCGACAGCGUCGGGGUCGGGUCAGGAACCGCACGUCCCCGCUGACGGGCGGCCGAAGGAGGCGAUCGAAGGAGUAGCGUCUAGCAGUGCCGCCGGUGACAGCACGGUCGUGGAUAAGUCUGCCGCACCGGUUGGGCAACAUAAACCGGUCCGCCAGCAGCAGCAGCACCAUCAGCAGUCAUCAGCGGCCGGUGGACCGCAGGAACCGAAACAUCAUCAACAGCAGCAACAGCAGGUGUUUUCGAACCUCAAGCCCUCGGAAGACGCCUGGGAUAUACUGUUUGCCCGGGCGGAAGGAUUGCACGCCCACGGGCACGGUCGCGAAGCGUGCACGCUCGGUGUGCGGCUUGCCGAAGAGAUGCUCGCCAAUCCGCCGAAUCUGAUGAUUGACCUGCCACCACCGCCGAAGAAGAAGGGCAAGAAACACAACAUCAAUCCCAUCUCGCACCAGCUGAGCGUGCUGGCGUCGGCCACCCUGUCCAAGUGUGCCUUUCUCUGUACGGUGCUGGCGGAAAACUCCGAACACUACCACCUCGCGUUCCGGGUGUGCAUCUUUGGACUGGAGAUGUGCCGACCACCGGCCAGCACCAAGCCGCUCGAGGUGAAGCUCGCCAACCAGGAGUCGGACCUGCUGGCUCUGCUGAAGCGCAUCCCGCUUGGCAGUGCCGAGCUUCGGAAGAUUCGCGAGCGUGCCGAGCAGCUGCGCGACGGUACGCUGAAGUCACGCGGUGAAGCCCUGCUGCCGAUCAUGCUGGCGAGCUUCAUCUUCGAUGCGCUCGUGAUGCCAUCGGUGGUGGGGCGCGAAAACCGCAUGAAGGUGAUGAGCAGCCCGUACCGGUUGCCGACGGACGAGAACUGGGGCUUUGAGGCAGCGGUCGCUUCGCUCGGCUUGAAAGCAAACGUCUCGGAGGCCGAGCAUCCGCUGCUGUGCGAGGGAACCCGCCGGCAGCGCGGUGACCUCGCGCUAACGCUGCUCGCGUACUACAAGGACGAACCGCGCAAAAUCUGUCGCAUCAUGGAGAAGCUGCUGGACCGGGAGAUUCAUGUGCUCAUCAAGACACCCCUCCUGCCGUCGUACUACUCGAACAAUCCGCCAACGCGUAGCCAAACGUCACAGUUGUUGCGGCUCGAUGAGUACGAAGGUCACAACGGUAAUGGUCAGCUGCAGCAACAGCAACAACAGUUCUCAAAUCAUGGCAGUGCUGCGGGUGCUGGUGGUGGAAGCAGCAGUAGUGUCGGCAGCACGGAGCAACCCCUGGCCGGUGGCCAUCAUGUGCCGGGACAGCAAGACUUUGCACUGGUCAACAGCAGCCGCCCGCAAAGCAGCACGAGCGCUGAGGCGGCUGAACUCAAUAUCGGUGGACUCAGCAUAACCGGUGCCAGUGCCAGUGGCAGCGCUGGUGGUGGCGGCACAAGUGCUCCCGCUCUGACCGGAAACACGGCGGCCGCCUCCUACGGUGGUAUGAUUGGUCAAACAGGGAAAACCACUACCACUCCCUCGGCCGCCGCCGCCACCACCACCAGCACAACGACAACGACGACGGCUGGCGGAGGGAGUGUUGCGUCGUCUUCCGCGCCCACGACGUCCGCCGUAACGACGACCCGCUCGAAGGACUCGCGGUACAAGGGCAAACGGGCGUACCCGUCGAUCCCGAACCAACCGUCCGAGGCGAGCGCACACUUUAUGUUCGAGCUCGCCAAGAACGUUCUGACGAAGGCGGGCGGUACCUCGUCGACGUCGCUCUUCACGCAAGCGACCACCAACCAGAACCACCAGGGCCCACACCGGGGCCUGCACAUGUGCGCCUUCCAGCUGGGCCUAUACGCGCUCGGGCUGCACAACUGCGUCAGCUCGAACUGGCUGUCGCGCACGUACUCGUCGCACGUAUCCUGGAUCAUCGGCCAGGCGAUGGACAUCGGGGCACCCGCCAUCUCCUUCCUGAUCGACACCUGGGAGGGUCACCUGACGCCACCGGAGGCGGCCGGUAUGGCUGACCGGGCUUCGUCGCGUGGCUGGGACAGCAACAUGGUGAACCCGGCGGCCGAGCUGGCGCUGUCGGUGUUGCCGCACGCGGCCGCCCUCAAUCCGAACGAGAUCCAACGGGCGAUCCUGCAGUGCAAGGAGCAGAGCGAUCGGAUGCUCGAGCGUGCCUGCCUCACGGUGGAGAACGCCGCCAAGGGUGGGGGCGUGUACCCGGAGGUGCUGUUUCAGGUGUCCCGUUACUGGUACGAGCUGUUCCUGCGGAACACGCCGGGCGGUGAGCUGGAAGCGGCCUCGGAGGAGCAACACCACGAGCAGUUCGGUCACGGUCACUUUAUGUCGCUCAUGGACGUGACCGAACUGGCCGGUGGAGGGGGUGCAGGAGGGAGCGGUGCAGGUGUGCUGUCGGGAGGAGCUGGUCUCCAGCCGCAACCACAGCAGCAGCAGCAGGGGCCGGUGGUGGUGAACGCUACGCCUUCGCAACCAUUUCAACCGGUGACCACCCUCGCCCCGAUCGCCCUGUCCCCGUACGGGUACAGUUUUCCCUGCCAGAGCGCCAUCUACCACCAGAAUCUGCCCUAUCCGCACCCGGCCGCUGCUGCCGCCGCUGCAGCCGCAGCCGCAGCAGCCGCUGCCAACCAGAUGCAAAUGUACAUCACGACACCACCCCAGUUUCAGUACCCGCCACCACCACCGCCGGCACACGCUGGUGGCCCGACGGUGUCCGCGCCGGGGCAGCAACAGCAGGGGCAGCAACAACAGCAGCAACCACCCCCACCACUAGUCGGCGGCUAUCAGCAGCCUCCGCUCGGUGCCGCCGCUUACCAGUCGAUGCAGGGUGCGCUGGGGGCACCACCGCAGGGUUACGGCACCCCCCAACAGUACCCGGGUCCACCGGCAAACGCUGCCCAAGCCAAGAUGCAGCCCAAUCUGCAGCAGUUCUACGGUGCAGCCGCACCAGGGGGAGGCGGUGGUCCGCCGGUCCCAUCGCAGCUGGCUCAACAACUACCGACCGUGGCAGCGCCACAGCAGCAGCAGCAGCAGCAGCAGCAGCAGCAGCAGCAGCAGCAGCAGAUGGGUCCACCACCGGGAGGCGCACAGCAGCAACCGCCGUCGGGCGUCAUGGGAGGACCGAACAGCGGUUUGCGGCCUCAGCCCGGUUCCGGCUCGCCGUAUGCGCCGUACAGCGGCGGCACCGGCCCGCAGCAGCAGCAACAGCAACAGCACCUGUUGCCCGCCAUCGGAAACGCUGGAUCGGCGUCUGGUGGCGGCGGCAGUGGUGGCCCAAGCAGGCCUCGCCAUCCGCCCCAGUUCACGCCCACGCAGCUGCGCUAUCUGCUGGCGGCCUACAACGCCGGCAUGCUGGCGCUAGAGACGCUCGCCCGGCGUGUGCACGAUGACCGGCCGCAGGCCAAGUAUGCCCGCAACCCGCCGUACGGCGAGGACGUCAAGUGGUUGCUUGGGAUCUCGAAGAAUCUCGGCACGCAGUAUCUGCACCAGUUCUGCAUCUGCGUCGUCAACUCGAUCGUCAGCCCGUUCGUGCUGCACGAGGUUGCGCUCGAAUCGGCCCGCUAUCUGGCCCGCAACAAUCCCGCGCUCGUGAUGCACCAUCUGCGGGCCGCGCUUACACCCCUGAUGAACAAGUGCCAGAGCAUGUAUUUCCAAUGCAUUCACCAGAAGCUAUAUCAUUUAACGGUGCCGGAUUACGAGGACUUUACCAGCACGAUCCUGUCGGCGCGCAACGCGUUCACGAUCACACCCGAAGGCACGGCACAAUUCAAAGACUGGUUGCAGUCGAUCAAACGCUCAAAAUCGUGUAAGAAAGAAUUGUGGACGCAAAUCAAUGCUGCCCUGAACUCAAAAUGACACAGACUGGACUCGAUCGGUGCGGAG